AAAUCUCCUCCGCUUCUUCCUGCAAACCCGAAGGUCGUAAACAAAUCAAGUCUCCCUCUUUCUAAGUUCGCCACUCACAAAUUAACCAUUUUCUUUUUCUUUUUUUUUUUUUAUAAAAAAGAUAAGUACCUUGGAAUCCAUGGCGGGAAUCCGAUUGGCGCCGGAAGAGUCACCGGACCUGACUCAGCAACAUCCGCCGCCGCAGCAGCAACAGCUGCAGACCGGUCGAGAAGUGGCGUCCGACGACGAGCGGUCGGUGGCUGCUGAUUCCUGGUCUAUAAAGAGCGAUUACGGAAGCACGCUUGACGAUGAGCAGCGCCACGCUGAUGCCGCCGAAGCCCUAUCCUCCGCUGCCAACUUCCGUGCUGCCUCCGAUUAUAGUUCUGACAAGGAUGAACCAGAUGCGGAUGGAAUGACAUCAAUGCUUGGUCUUCAGAGUUAUUGGGAUGCUGCAUAUGCCGGUGAGCUGGCAAAUUUUCGUGAACAUGGCCACACUGGUGAAAUUUGGUUUGGAGCUGACGUCAUGGAUACUGUUACUUCAUGGACCAAAAGCUUGUGUAUUGAUAUUUCUCAAGGUCACAUGCCAAAUCAUGUUGAUGAGGUCAAACCUGAGCCUGUUGAACAUGGUGAUAAAUAUUUGUCUUGCUGGAGUGUACUUGACGUUGGCACUGGCAAUGGUCUGCUCCUUCAGGAACUUGCUAAGCAGGGGUUCACAGAUUUAACUGGAACUGAUUAUAGUGAAGGGGCUAUUGACCUUGCUCGAAGCCUUGCCGAUCGAGAUGGAUUUUUAAACAUCAAGUUUCUGGUUGAUGAUAUUCUUGAGACAAAGUUGGAAAGACGGUUUAAACUUGUCAUGGAUAAGGGGACUCUAGAUGCCAUUGGUUUGCAUCCUGAUGGGCCUAUCAAAAGGAUGAUGUAUUGGGAUUCAGUUUCAAAGUUGGUAGCGCCUGGCGGAGUACUAGUGAUUACAUCUUGUAACCAUACAAAAGAUGAAUUGGUGCAAGAGGUGGAAAACUUCAAUCAAAGAUAUAUUGAAAUGCCGCAAGAGCCAAAUACAAUCGAGGACCUAGAAACACACAGAGAUCUUCCCCCAUUCCAAUAUCUGAACCAUGUUCGGACUUAUCCAACAUUCAUGUUUGGUGGGUCUGUGGGAUCACGUGUUGCCACUGUUGCAUUCCUACGGACUUAAAUUGUAGGAAUGAAAUUUGAAUGAGCUUAGCUUGUUGUCAUGAAUGGGUCACACUUGUGCUUUCUUGUGGUUGAAAGUGUUAACUGCGUGCAUGCAGAAUUGGUGGAGAGGUAUUGACAUUUGAAACUCAUUUGUCGGAUUCUUCCUCUAAGAUGGGAUGUUCUUUUAUGUUUUUUCCAUCAAAGAUACCGGUGUAGCUGCUGGCGAGAUUACCCUUGGCAACUCAGUACAAAUACUUUUAAGUUAAAUGUUGUCUCAGUUCUUGUAGUGGUUGCUAGUUGGUUCAGUGGAUGAGGGUCUGGUUUGGGAACCAUGUGCUUUUGUUUGGUUAACAUUGAAACAGAAAAUUUGACACUGCAAUUUUUUGCAAAAUUUUAGGUGUUUUCAUUUGCUUCCUGUUUA